UUGCUCUGCGACACAAAAACAUGUAGCAUGUAGCAUGUAGCUGCAGCUUCAGUUUCAGGAGAUUUUCUGGAUUUUUCUGCCGGCGGCGAGAAUAAAAACGGUCCGGAGAGAAUUAUUGGAGACUGAGUGAGGAUGUGACGGACCGCCGUGUCCCGUGUCUUGGUGGUGUCCCGGUGUCCUGGUGGGUCUGAGUCCUGGUGGGUCUGAGUCCUGGUCCAGGAUGGAGACCUGGACCCCGAACCCCCGGGCCAAGCCGUUCAUCCCGCGUCAGCAGAGGAGUCUCUACCUCACCUGGAAGUACCGGCUGACCAACAAGAGGACGCUCCGCCGCUGCUGCCAGGCCGGUGCUGUCCUCUUCCUGCUGAUCACCGUCAUCGUCAACAUUAAACUGAUUCUGGACACGAGGAGAGUCGCCAACGAAGACGCAGCAGCUCAAGAAUACGAGGACACCAUCCCCAACAUGGAGACGCCCCGCCGGCCGGCCAACGGACGCAAAGUCCUGGACAUCGAGGUUUACUCCAGCCGCUCCAAGGUCUACGUGGCCGUGGACGGCACCACCGUUCUGGAGGACGACAUGCGGGAGCAGGGCCGAGGAAUCCACGUCAUCGUCCUCAACCAGGCAACCGGUCACGUGAUGGCCAAGAGGAUCUUUGACACCUACUCUCCUCACGAGGACGAAGCCAUGAUCCUCUUCCUCAACAUGGUGACUCGGGGCCGAGUCCUCAUCUUCACCAUCAAGGAUGAGGGGACGUUCCACCUGAAGGAUGCUGCCAAGAACCUGCUGAAGAGUUUAGGCAGCCAGGCGUCCCUGAACCUGAGCUGGAGGGACAUGUGGACUCUGGUGGUGAAGAAAGGAGGUCAGGUGUACGGAGAGAAGCACACCAAGUCUGCAGCUCUGUCCACGUGGGGAGACCCGGUGCUGCUGAAGACCGAGGUGCAGCUCACCGCCUCAGAAGAGGCAGAGUGCCACUGGGCCGACACGGAGCUCAACAGGAGGAGGAAGCUGUUCUGCAGUAAAGUGGAAGGAUACGGCAGCAUCUGCAGCUGCAAAGACCCGGCGCCCAUCGAGUUCAACCCCGACCCGCUGCCCAACAACAACGUCUUCAGUGUCCCGGUGGCCGUCAUCGCAGGGAACCGACCCAACUACCUGUACAGGAUGCUGCGGUCUCUUCUCUCAGCUCACGGCGUCAACCCGCAGAUGAUCACCGUCUUCAUCGACGGAUAUUACGAGGAGCCGAUGGAUGUGGUGGAGCUGUUUGGACUGAAGGGGGUCCAACACACUCCCAUCAGCAUCAAGAACGCCAGAGUGUCCCAGCACUACAAGGCGAGUCUGACGGCGACCUUUAACCUCCACCCAGAGACCAACUACGCCAUCGUCCUGGAGGAAGACCUGGACAUCUCCAUCGACUUCUUCAGCUUCCUGAGUCAGACGGUCCACCUGCUGGAUGAGGACGACAGUCUCUACUGUAUCUCAGCCUGGAACGACCAGGGCUACGAGCACACGGCGGAGGACCCGGCGCUGCUGUACCGGGUGGAGAGCAUGCCGGGGCUGGGCUGGGUCCUGAAGAAGAGCCUCUACAAGGACGAGCUGGAGCCCAAGUGGCCCACACCUGAGAAGCUGUGGGACUGGGACAUGUGGAUGAGGAUGCCUGAACAGAGGAAGGGCAGAGAGUGCGUCAUCCCUGACGUGUCCCGAUCCUACCACUUCGGCAUCAUCGGCCUCAACAUGAACGGAUACUUCCACGAGGUUUACUUCAAGAAACACAAGUUCAACACGGUCCCCAACGUGCAGCUGAAGAACGUGGACAGCUUAAAGAAAGAUGCUUAUGAGGUGGAGAUCCACAACCUACUGAGGGAGGCGGAGGUCCUGGACCACAGUAAGAACCCGUGUGAGGACUCGUUCCUGCCGGACUCUGAGGGGAAGACCUACAUCAUGUUCAUCACCAUGGAGACGGAGACGGACACGUCCACCUGGACGGAGCUCGCCAAGUGUCUCCAUGUGUGGGACCUGGAUGUGCGGGGGUACCACCGAGGUCUGUGGCGUCUCUUCAGGAAGAGGAACCAGGUCCUGGUGGUGGCCGUCCCCGUCUCCCCGUACUCUGUGAAGAAACCAGCCAGUGUCUCACCCAUCCACUUGGAGCCUCCACCCAAAGAAGAAGGAGCACCUGUGGAGCAGAUGUAGACACACACACACACACACACAUACACACACACACACACACACACACACACACAGAGCGUCCAGCAGGUGCAGCAGGUAGUUCUCAUCAUUGGGUGGAGCUGCUGCUGCUGGUUGAAGUGAAAGCGAAGGGAAAGUGAGUGAACUGAGUAUAAAGCAUGGAGUUUCUGUGAGAGCUAGCGGGAGGAACCGAGUCCUGCGGUACCUGAAGUGACGUCUCUUCACUUCAUGAUGUCACGUUUUUACGUAACAACGUCCUAAACAACGGCCUAAACUGAAGGAAAGUGCUCCUUUUUCUGUGUCUAAGAACAAAAAGCAGCCUCUGAAUGAGCUGAUAACAACCUGCUGCACCUGCUGCAGGUGGAGCAGGACGCUACGUACUCCAACCAGCCCGGGCCUUAUUUCUUCUAGCAACCACUAGGAUCCAGAUCCAGUCUGGGACCCAGAAACACUUCAACCUGGAGUUGAACUUUGAACUCUUCAGGACGACCUCUGAACUCUGAACGGACUCCGUCCAUCAGCUGGAGACAGGAAGUGAAGUCAGACGGUAUAAAUGACACAAACACACACUUCCUGUCUGGCUUGUUGUGUUUAACUACUGACUGUUCAUCUCUUUAACUUAUCUCUAUUUAUUUCACAUCUCUAGUCCUUUCUUUUUUUUUUUUUUGUUCCACUUGGAUCGAGAUCAGCGCGGCGUUUUUAAGAGCUAACGUUUACAGAUCAUGAAAUAAUAAUGUAUAUACAUGCCUAUAUCUAUUUUUUGAUGAAAAAUCUAAAGGGAGGGCAUAUUUUUCAGUGUUGGAUGUUGAGUCAGUCUGUGGGCUCCGAGGGGUUAACAACAAUAACAACAACAACAACAACAACAAGACGCUCUGCAGGGACAAACAUCAACACAAACAGACUUUAUAAAUAAUAUUCCAUAAAUCAGAUCCUCAUUUCAGUCCAAAAUGUUUGUGACCAGAUAUGAAAGGUGUUCUUGCAUAAAUAAUCAAUAAACAACAUAAAUAAACAAACAAACAAACAGAGAGAGAGACACAAAGACUCGGAGACAAAAAGACUUAUCAAGGAUAUUUCCAUGACUGUAGAUGUAAAAAUGACUAAAAAUAGAUGUAAAAAUUACUAAAAAAGACACAAAAUGACAAAAAAAAAAUAGAUGCAAACAUGACAAAAAAAUGAUUGAAAUAGAAUUUUAUAUUAAAUUAUCGAAAUCGAAACAAAUUUACUAAGAAUAGACAUAAAAAUGACCAAAAAAGACAAAAAUAGCUGACAAGCGUUUAAUUUCAGAGCUGAUAUCUAGACAUUUAACAUGUUGUUGUUUUUAUAAUAACCAAAAUCAUUAUCAAUUGUCUUUUUAUUGGUCGUUAUACGUCUUUUUUUUUUGUUCAUUUUGUGUCUUUUUAUUGGUCAUUUUACAUCUAUUUUGGGCAUUUUAUGUCUUUUUGGUCAAUUUGUUGUUGUUUCCUUCAAAGCAUGUUAAUGCCUGGUACAACUAAAGGUUCAUUUAUUUCAACUCUUAUCACAUAUUUUUGUUGUUCUCAUUAUAUUUGUCCAAACAACUGAACCUUUAGUUGAACCAGACAUUAAAAUGAACCAGAAACUGAAGAAAACAAGGAGGUCUGAUCAUGUUUCCAUGACUUUACCUCCAACAAUGAGAAGUUUGAUGAAGUGAAAAUGAUUGUCAACAUCAACAAACCAGUGAAGGGUUAAUGUCUAAAACCACAUUCUUCCACUGAGUUUAUUGUCGAUAAAACUCGAUAUCCAAACAGUUUCUCCAGGUCAAAGUUCUCCGUUAAUCUGGUGAUUCAGAGUUUCUAAACUUGAGUCCAUCAAACAUCUUUUACUGCUGUCUGUCUACAAUCCUACCAGGUCGUUUCACAUGGCUCAUAAAAACAAUAUUCCUCUAAUAUUCAUAUUUAUAUGCAGCCAUGAAAACUCUGAUUGAGAUGCUUCAGAUGAAGAUCUGAUCAGAGUUAUGAAGGUUGAAUAAACACUACUGUGCAGCUAUAAGCAGACAUAAAGUCAUUUUACAGUAUUUAUUAAUGUUGCCAACAGCUCUAACCCUUUUUAUAUAACGAGACAUCUGCACACGUGUUAUAUUAUUAAAAACGGUUUGAAAUCUUCUCAAUACAUCAGAAUAUGAUGAAAAGUCCAUUCCAGUAGUUCAAGUCAACCAAGUAUUGAGUCAUAUAGACGACAAACUGUUCAGAGGAAACAUUUACAUAUUAAACACACUUUUAAAAUUUUUUUAAGGCACUGAAUUUUAGGUCUUCAUUAUUAUGUUAUAAUACUAUCGCUAUUAUCUCAAUAAAUGAGAAUAUGGUAGAAAGGUUUAUUUAUGUCAGUAAUUAAAUUCAAAAAGGUGAAAUAACACAUUAUAUAGAUCCAUUACACACAGAAUGAAACAUUAAUUAAAUUUCUUCUAAUUAUAAUUAUUACGGCUCACAUUUAAUGAAGACCUAAAAUUCAGUGUGUCAAUAAAAUUUAUGAAAUUUUAAAAAGUGUUUAAUGGUUAAUUUUUUCUAUUCACAUGGGGCUCUGACGUUGUUCUCCUCUCAUUUCAUGUCUUUUUUUUUUGUGUUUUUACGUCUUUUUUUGGUCAUUCUACGUCCAGGAGCAUCGUUGGUCUCUUUGCUCCACCAGUUUUUAUGCAACGAAGGAUCAGAGAAUAAUGGAAUUAAAUUGUAUUUAUGUUUUAGACAGUGUCCCAACUUUUUUGGUAUAGUUGUUUCACAUCAGGAUCAAAGGUUCCCAGCACAUAAAGGUUCAUCUUAAUAAAUGAGAAUAUGAUAGAAAAGUGUAUUUAUGUCAGUAAUUCAAUAACACAUUCUAUAGAUCCAUUACACACAGAAUGAAACAUUUCAUGUCUUAAUUUACUUUAUUCUAAUUAUAAUGAUCAUGGCUUACAUUUAAUGAAGACAUAAAAUUCACUGCCUCAAAAAAUGUGAAUAUUACAAAAGACCAAUUUUUAAAGUGUGUUUAAUAUGUAAAUGUUUCCUCUGAACAGUCUGUCGUCUAUAUGACUCAAUACUUGGUUGAGUUGAACUACUGAAAUGGACUUUACAUCAUAUUCUGAUUGUCAUUAAUUCUGAUUAUUAAUAUCAGAAGUGAUUGAUCCUCCUUGAGAUGAUCAUGUCUCAGUGUUUGCAGUGGUUUGAUUUGAAUGUUUGUCGUAUUAUUUCCUCAGCAGUGUUCCAGUUUGUGUCCUGGACAUUUCACUUUGACAAGUAUUGAUCUGCUCAUGUUCAUGUUUUGGUUUCUCAGAUUAUUUUGUUAUUGACAGUGUGUUUGUGUGUUUGUGUGACGCUGCGAGAUGACGACACAAGUCCUGUACCACUUGUUUAUCUUUUAUCAUGGAAAUGAAUAAAGAUGUUUUUUACUGAG